UAUGCAUUUUGCAUUUCUUCUGCAGGUGAGAGCAACAUCACUGAAGAACAUUCAUUUAGCAGUCCUCAGAUUUUAUGUUGGAUCAUGACUGGACCCAAGAACCUAGAAACACGAACCAAACACAUCAGAGGAACAUGGGCCAAGCGCUGCGGCAAAGUGAUCUACAUGAGCUCAGUGAAAACUGAUUUCUCCACUGUGCAGCUGAAUGUGAGUGAGGGGAGAGACAACCUGUACUGGAAGACCAUCAAAGCCCUUCAGUACAUCCACCAACACCACCUGGAUGAAGCAAACUGGUUCCUGAAAGCUGACGAUGACACAUACGUGGUCAUGGAAAAUCUGCAUUACGUCUUAUUAAAGUACGAUCCAGAGAAGCCAUUAUACCUGGGCAGAAGGUUCACGCCUUUCAUCAGUCAGGGCUACAUGAGUGGAGGAGCAGGUUAUGUCCUGAGUAAAGAAGCCUUGAGAAGGUUUGUCAAAGGCUUUAGCACUGGAGAGUGCACCCAUUUCUCCUCUAUAGAAGACAUGGCUCUGGGGAAAUGUAUGGAGACAAUGAAGGUGCAGCCAGCUGACUCCAGAGACAUGAGGGGAAGACAAACAUUUCAUCCUUAUCCUCCAGACUAUUAUGUUGUUCGACAGCCAGCAAGGUCUCGACCUUGGUAUUUACUUUAUGACUACUACGCUCCAACUGAAGGUCCAGGUUGCUGUUCAGAUUUUGUGGUGUCCUUUCACUACAUCUACGCUGUUCAAAUGUACGUGUUGGAAUACCUGACUUACCAUCUGAGGCCGUAUGGAUACAAGUACAGGUUUAAUCCUAAAGAAGGACUACAAACGAACAACAAAACCAAGUUGAAAUAG